CAAAAUGGAGAACUCACCACAAUCAAACACCAGUGCCCUCUUCAACACAGACUUCUGUUUGCGGUUGACAAGCCAAAUACUUGAAAACGAAGCUCCAAAGGGCUCCAAUUUCGUGGCCUCUCCAUCAUCCUUACAUGUCAUGCUAAGCUUGAUUGCUGCAGGCUCAAAAGGCCAAACUCUGCAACAGCUUCUUCAUUUUUUAGGAUCAACUAGUGUUGGUGAUCUAAAUCUGUUGUCUUCGAAGAUUAUUAGUACUGUUGCAUCCCCGACCGAGAACCUCGAAGGUGGUCCACUUCUGUCCUUUGUCAACGGUGCUUGGCUCGAUCAAAGGUUCAUUUUGAAGCCAUCUUUCCAAGAGAUUGCCAAAGACUUUUACGAAGCUGAGAUUAAAAACGUGGACUUUGAAGCCAAGGCUAAAGAAGUGGUAGAAGAGGUGAACUUGUGGGCUCGAAUGGCAACCAAUGGACUAAUCAAACAACUCUUCCGAGACAAAUCGUUGGAUAGUGAGACCACACUUGUGCUUGCAAAUGCACUCUAUUUCAAAGGAGCAUGGGAUCAACAAUUUGACCCCUCAAUGACUCAACAAAGAGACUUUCACCUUCUCAAUGGGCAAAUUGUUCAAGCUCCUUUCAUGACCACCAAGAUAUUUAUGCGCCACCUAUAUGGAUCUUUUGAUGGUUAUAAAGUACUUCAAAUUCCCUACCAGAGUGGUCAAGAUGCCCGGAAAUUUUCCAUGUACUUUUUCCUUCCAUCUGAGCAAGAUGGGCUGCCUAAUCUAAUCCAAAUGGUCAAACUCAAUUCUGGUUUCUUGAAUCGGCAAUUCAAGACAAACUUAGAAAGCCUCCCUCAUUUAUGGAUUCCAAAAUUCAAAUUCUCUUGUGAGUUUGAAGCUUCAGAGACCAUGAAGGAUAUGGGGCUUAAACUGCCUUUCAAGCCAGGGGAGAUGACAGAAAUGGUUGAUACUGGUAAUGGUGAUGAUGGCAUUUAUGUUUCAGAUAUAUUCCAUAAGUCUUAUAUUGAAAUAAAUGAGGAAGGGACAGAAGCUGCAGCAAGCACUGCUGUUCGAUUUAAAACUCUCCGUGCCAUAAUUCCAACUCCAAGCUUUGUAGCGGACCAUCCUUUUCUGUUUAUGAUAAGAGAGGAAACUCAUGGCAUGGUUUUAUUUCUUGGAGCUGUAUUCAAUCCUCUCCUAGAUACUUGAGAUCAGCGAAUAUGCUUUGCAAGAAUAUUAUUGGUCAAAUAUAAUAUGUAUCAAGACAAAUUACCUUUCUUGUUUAUUUAAGUGCAAUAGCUUCUUUUUUUUCUUUUUUUCUUUUUUUUUCUCUUUUAAUUAAAUAAAACAUCUUACUUCCUAUACAA